UACGCCAUUGAGUGGCCGCUCUCCUUCUUGGGCGCGGGAACAUCCGACACUGCGGGAAAUAUGGAUGCUGAGAUGAAAGACGUUGAUGGUAAACAAAUCGAAGUAGACACGCAGCAUGACAAGGAAGAUGCUCCGAGGAUAUCGACAAGUACUUACGAGCUUCCAUGGGUUGAAAAAUAUAGACCCCUGAAGCUGAGUGAAAUCGUUGGAAAUGAGGAAACAGUCAGCAGACUGGAGGUGUUUUCCAGAGAGGGAAAUGUACCCAACAUAAUUAUUGCAGGUCCUCCAGGUACUGGGAAGACAACAAGCAUUUUAUGUUUGGCAAGGGCACUUCUUGGCCCAGCAAUGAAGGAUGCUGUGCUUGAGCUGAAUGCCUCAAAUGAUCGAGGUAUUGAUGUUGUCAGAAACAAAAUCAAAAUGUUUGCGCAGCAAAAAGUUACACUCCCCAAAGGACGUCACAAAAUCAUCAUUCUGGAUGAAGCUGACAGUAUGACUGACGGAGCUCAGCAGGCUCUGAGAAGAACUAUGGAGAUCUACUCUAAGACCACACGAUUUGCCUUAGCCUGCAAUGCCUCAGACAAAAUUAUUGAGCCCAUCCAGUCCCGCUGUGCUGUCCUGCGUUACAGCAAACUGAGGGAUGAACAGAUCAUGAUGCGGCUGAUGGAAGUGGUGGAGAAAGAGAAUCUGCACACUACCAAUGAUGGCUUGGAGGCCAUUAUCUUUACUGCCCAAGGAGACAUGAGACAGGCCCUAAACAAUUUGCAGUCUACAAAUUCUGGAUUUGGUUUUAUCAACAGUGAAAAUGUAUUCAAGGUAUGUGAUGAACCACACCCUCUGCUGGUUAAAAGCAUGCUUGAACACUGUGUCAAUGCUAAUAUUGAUGAAGCUUACAAGAUAAUUGAACAGCUUUGGUUACUUGGCUACUCUCCAGAAGACAUAAUCGGAAACAUUUUCAGGGUGUGUAAGACUUUCCAAAUGCCAGAAUACUUGAAGCUGGAGUAUAUCAAGGAGAUUGGCUACACACACAUGAAGAUAGCAGAAGGAGUUAACUCUCUUCUACAAAUGGCUGGACUCUUAGGGCGACUCUGCAGCAAGACUGCUGCACCUAAUGCAAACUAAGCCAUGCUGCUUCAUACUCUCCUUGGCUUUAUUGGUCUGCUGGUGAAAAUGUAAAUACUUAAAAAAUGCUCAGUAAUAAAUUGGUUGUUUUUUCA